UAUGAAACUUUUCUGUUUUAUGACAUCAUUAAUCAUUGUAAACGUUUCGUCAGAUGAACCAAUGGAUUAUCAAACAAAUAUGGCCAUUACAAACGCAUACGUUAAGCAAGCCUCCGAAUUUAAUGUGUUAGGACCUAAUUUUGUGGAAAAUGGACUGGAGCAAGUAAUUAAAACCAUUAUUGGGGACGAUAAUACUUAUAGUUUAGGAGCUAUUUUGAAUAUGAUCGCUAUACCGGAAAGUGCAACAAAUCAAAGAGUUUUCCGAGAAAAAAUACAAAGUGAAUUAGGUAUUGGACAACUUCAAGUUCUGGAAUCAGAUUAUAGACCGUUAGGAUUGUACGACCUUGGUAGUCGAAGGAGAACACAUACUAGACAAGCUUUAAUAAAUAUAUACAAACACUCUGUAGUUGGAUUUGAAGGGCUGUUCUCUGAAUUAUGGAUAUGUCGUAUGAUAGCAUUGUUCGUGAGUGCGAAAUUCCCAAUUUUAUAUAUAAGAAACAUCCAGGCUGGUCCCAAUACUUGCAUAACGUUUAAUGGGGUUACAACCGACACAUACAGCAAAGUUAGGGGCGAAUGGCGUCAAUUUGUCGGCAAUAUUAAUUUUAUGAGCCUCGAUGGUGUGUUUGUUUAUUGA